AUGACGAGCGCUAGGGGUCUCUUACCGUCGAGACCAGCUCUGAAACUGGGAACCUGGAAUGUCAGGACUAUGCUUACUGGUAUUUCAAUUAACCUUGGAAGCAUAAAUGACCUUAGAAAAACUGCAGUUAUAAACAAUGAGCUCUCUAGACUUGAUGUCGACAUUGUUGCACUGCAGGAGACGCGCCUUGCAGAGGCAGCUAGCCUACGCGAGAAAGACUAUACCUUCUAUUGGCAUGGUAAGCCAAAAGAUGAGAGAAGGGAGCAUGGUGUCGGCUUUGCUGUGAAGAAUAGUCUGUUGAAAAUGAUUGAACCUCCAACAAACGGCUCUGAACGUAUUCUCACAAUGAGACUCAACACCACCACUUGCCCUGUGACACUCAUCAGUUUCUACGCGCCAACUCUCAUGGCCUCCUCUGACACAAAGGAUGAGUUUUAUGAAAAUCUCUGUGCCACCCUUCUGAAAGUUCCUCCAAAAGACCAAGUUAUUCUACUUGGCGAUUUCAAUGCCCGUGUUGGUAGUGACUACGAGGCUUGGCCUUCUUGUUUAGGCAAACUCAAUACUAAACCUCAGAAUAAAGUUUCUUGGAGACAUCCACGCAGCAAGCAUUGGCAUCAGCUUGAUCUUGUGCUUGUUCGUAGAUCAAACCUCAAUUCCAUCAAAGUUGUUCGUUCUUAUCACAGUGCUGACUGUGAUACUGAUCAUUUGCUUGUUUGUUGCAAAGUUAAGCUCUCUCCAAAAAAGAUGUUCUUUUCUAAGGCUAAGGGAAAGCCUCGUCUGAACACUGCAAACAUGCAGGAUCCUGUGCUUGUGUCACAAUUUACAAACCUUUUUGAAAAGGAAUAUUCAAUCAUAGAGUCAGAUCAAGCUGAAAAGCGAUGGCAGUCUUUGAAAUCUGCAAUGCACAGCUGUGCACUUGCAACCUUUGGUAGAAAAAAAACCAAGUCUUCUGACUGGUUUGAGACAAAGUCUAAGAUACUUAAUCCUGUUAUUGUGAAAAAGAGGCAAAUGCAGUGCGAGUACAACAAGCACCCCAGUAGAGAAAAUCUGUACAAGCUCCGGCAAGCCAGAAAUGAGGCCAAGCAGAUGGUCAGGCGUUGCGCCAAUGACUACUGGAUGGAGCUGAGUCAGCACAUUGAAAAUGCCUCUGCUACAGGCAAUAUCAGAGCCAUGUAUGAGGGCAUUAAGACUGCAACAGGGCCUACUCAGAUCAAAUCUGCCCCCUUGAAAUCCUCCUCUGGAGAACUUAUUGUGGACAAGGGUAAGCAAUUGGAUCGCUGGAAAGAGCAUUAUUCUGUCCUAUACUCUAGGCAGAGCACUGUUUCUGAGUCCGCACUUGCUGCGAUGGAGCAACUUAGUGUUUUACAUGAGCUUGAUGAGAUGCCUACAAUCUCUGAGCUGAGUAAAGCUAUUGACCAGCUUGCCCCUGGUAAAGCUCCAGGAAGUGAUGAGAUACCUCCUGAUUUAAUCAAACAGUGUCAGACAGUCCUCCUUAAACCUAUUUAUGAUCUUCUUUGUUGUUGCUGGGCAGAAGGUGAAGUGCCACAGGACAUGAGAGAUACUAAAAUAGUUACUCUCUACAAGAAUAAAGGUGAACGGAGUGACUGCAACAAUUUCAGGGGCAUAUCUCUCCUUAGUAUAGUGGGCAAGGUAUAUGCAAGAGUUCUUCUUGUCAGGUUACAAAAGCUUGCUGAGCGUGUCUAUCCUGAAUCUCAGUGUGGUUUCAGGGCAGGCCGAUCAACUAUUGACAUGAUCUUUGCAUCGAGACAGCUUCAGUAG